UUGCUUCUUGGAGAGAAAUGUCCUGGAAGUGUCUUGCGCUUUUCCUAGUGGCAUGGCUGAGGCAUGCCAAAGGGAGGAGCUUUGAACUGAGCAUGUUAGAUGUGAAUGGUACCCGACAGUUGCUGAAGUGGAACUCGAACAGCGAGGAUAUCAGAUCAGUUGCGCGAAAAUUUGGGCAACUUUAUCAAAAUGAACCUUCUGUUUGUGAAGCCGAUGAAGAGAGUGGCUGUCAUUGGCAUGCCAUUGAAGUCUACAUGCGACUCCUUCGUGGCCAAGAUGCAGCACAGCGAAGGACAGAUGGUGUGAAGACUCAACCAUCACAUUUGCAGUCCAUGUCUCUCCAAGGUAUGAAACAAUUGGAGCUCCAAGGUGCAGCCAUUGCGCUCUUUAGUGGCCACGAUGCCAAUAUUGCGGUGAGCGUCAAUGGCCAUGUGAAAUGCGUCUUGGAAUUGGAAAGACUCUUUGGGAUCCGUUACUUUCUACCGAACUCCAAGAAUAAAACAAGCUACACAGCAGAUUGGCUGCGGGCGCUCUCAACUGUCCGUGAUCUAUGCGAAUGCGAUGAAUUCCCUCCCCGCUUUCAACACGGCAUUGUCGUAGCAUCUGCUGACACAGGUUUUGGAGAAGAGGCUGGACUCCUUCCAGAGAUAGCGAAAAAGAUAUUUUCCGUUGAUGAGUGGCAUAUGGUGAAGCAUGCUGCGGCGCACGCGGCGAUGUCCUACUAUUCAUCACCAUUUCGAUCUGCGCUGGUGGUGGUAUACGAUGCAAAUUUUGAAGCUUUCACAGUGCACAACGGCCAGAUGAAAGAGUUGACGAAAUUGGAUUACAAUUUAGGAACUUUAUACCUUGUCUUGGGGGCUCUGAUGCCAGAGGUCUCAGGUUUAGAUGACGAAUAUAUGGAUCAUGUGUGUAACUAUCCUGGUGAAGGGAAUCUGUUUCCUUCGGAUAUUUCACUCUCUUGGUCUGGCAAACUCAUGGGCUACUCAGCAAGUGGUUCUCCGAAGGACACUUUCCGCAGAGCAUUGCGUUUAGCCUUCGAGGCCUCAGCGUUGAUGCCACAUUUUCCUGCCGAGUCACUGUUCUCGAUGGUCCCUGGUGGAAAACCAGACCUGGGACGCUACUUUGUGGAAAAGGUGUUGCCCGAGCUGUGUACAUCUGUGGAUAGCCAGCGGGACUUUGCAGCUUCUAUCCAAGUAGAAUUUCAGGAUUUGGCCUAUGACAUCAUCAUGGCACUACUGGAGCAUGUGGGAACCGAUCACAUUGAUGGACUUGUGGUCACCGGUGGCUGUGCCCUCAAUGUUCUGACCAAUCAACUGCUGCACGACUCCUUGGCGUCGAAGGUAGACAAGGUAGAACCCCAGCCUCCGGGUAUCCAUGUGCCUGUGGCGCCCAACGACUGUGGCCUUGCAGUAGGAGGUCUUUGGGCUGUAACCCCUCCUCUUAAAAGUCCCCAACCAUUGCAAUACCUUGGAUUCCGCCUUUGGGAUGCAGACGUUUUAGAAAAGUUGGCACAUGAACGGCAAGCGCGUCGCUUGGUGGAUGGAGAAACCACCGUGGCGGAACAGUUGGCCGAAAUCCUCACCGGACCGACCUUUCCCAUCGUGGCGGUGGUUCGAGGGCGCCAGGAGUUCGGGCCACGAGCCUUGGGUCACAGGUCCCUGUUGGCUGUUCCCAAUUCAAACGAAAUGCGAGAACGGAUGAAUCGAGUCAAAGCCAGGCAAUGGUACAGACCUGUGGCGCCUAUGAUUGCUGAUGAGGAUCUGGAAAAAGUCUUUGGCAGAGUCGUGAAGUCACCGUACAUGAGUAUGGCACCGAAAGUACAGGAUGAUGUCAAGGAGAAGUUUCCAGCUCUAGUUCACCUGGAUGGCACAGCUAGGCAUCAGUCGGUUGGCAAGGAGGAUGAACCUUGGGUACACGCCCUCCUCCUGGCUGUGGGGCGACGUACCGGUCUGGCUGCACUGAUCAACACCAGCUUCAAUACCAAAGGCAAGCCGAUAACCAAUUCUGUGGUGGAGUCUCUUGAAAUGCUUGACAACCUUCCAGAUUUAGAUUAUGUGCUCAUUGAGGACUGGCUGUUUCAAAAGCCGAAGUGAGCAGUGAGCAGCCAAUGUAGCUGCAGACGGUGGAUGUUUGAUCCACAAAAAACGGGAUGGGAAUCUUGGGCCUUGGGAGGUCUAACUUUGUGAGAUGCUCACAAGACCGCACAAGGAGGGCCAGUCCAACCAAGCAUUAAUGCUAUGAAAA